CGUCGGCAUUCGUCACACGUCCCAACAUUCAAUUGAUCGAGGAGGAUGCGGGAACGUGUGUCGAUGACCAUGUUGAGCCGGCGGCGGUACACGGCCCCGAGAAAGCCCGUCCACGUGUCGCUCUUCGACUCGUACAUCGACGUGUGGUCCACCGGGAUGACGGUGGGCAUUGGAGGCCACUUCUUCGGCUGGAACGCGGGACUUGUGGCAGGGCCGUGGAGCUUUGGCCUUGCGGUGUUGUGUAUGGGCCUUGCAUAUAUAUGUCUGUGCUGCUGUCUUGCUGAAGUCACGAGCAUGGUACCGUUCACAGGCGGCGCGUUCGGCCUCGCACGAUGGACGUUUGGUUUCCACGCUGGCUUCCUCGUCGGGUGCUGCGAGUCGCUUCAGUACAUUCUUUACGUCACGUGGAACUUUGUCCAGCUCAGUCGAUUCAUGGCGCUGGCGUGGCCAGCCUUGGCCGCGUACCCGUACGCCACAUGGAUCAUGAGCUACGGCGUCGCCGUUGGCGCGCUGUGCUGCGGCAGCACGCCCUUCACGUGCUGGAAUCGAAUCCUGGCGUUUGCAUCACUCGGACUGCUGCUCGUCUACGUCGUUGGCGCGAUCCCAAUGGCCAUGCAGCCCGCGCCGACUACAUCCAACGACCCCGCGACCCCAAACGUGCCAUUCGACAUCCACACGUUCCUCCAAACGCUGCCCCAAGCCGCGUGGUUUUUUGUUGGCAUCGAGACCCUCAAUCGUUUGUGCAACGAAGUCGAGUCCCCCAACAUUACGAUCCCCCGGAGCCAGCUCUGGUGCAUGUUGACGCUGUUUUUUACCGCGCUGGGGGUGUUUGUCAGUGUGCACGUCCUGCCUCCCGGCCUGCCAGCAAUCGCGGCAGCCGUCGCCCCGUUCAACUUUGGCUACGCUCGCCUGUUUGGAUGUUCGAUGCCGCUGGCGACGCUGCUGUCGGUCCCGGCCACGUUUGCGUCUGGGCAAGGGUUCGUCCAAGCUUACACGAACAUCAUUGUGGCGCUCGGGAGCUCGCGGCUCCUCCCGGAAGUGUUUCUCGUCAGUUUGGAGUCGACGGGCGCGCCGAUCGUGGCGAUUUUGUCUGGCACGGUGCUCAGCUUUGCGCUGUGUUUCGUGCAGCUUUACGCAGACGUGGACGCCGUGCUUUUCCACGCGGCCAUGCUCUUUGCCUUCAUCGCGUACCUGUCGCAGUGCAUUGGGUACAUCUACCUCCGCCGCGAGCACCGAGGCAUGGCCCGGCCUUUCAAGAGCCCGUUCGGCGUCGCCGGCGCUGUCGUGGCGAGCGCAGUGUGGCUGGUCAGCAUCGCGGCGCUUGUCGGUUUACAAGACUGGCGCGGGACGAUCUUUGCUGCCGCGAUGCUUGCACUCUGCUCGGUGUACUACAAAGUGUACGCCCACCAGCACCAAGUGUUCUCGACCCAGGAGAACAAGGCGCUGCUCUUCGCUCAUGUCGCGCGCCUCAAUUCGCGGCAAUCCUAUCGCCGCCGAUCCAUCGAAGGGUUUGCCGGCGAACUCGUCAAGCUCAUCAAUCCCCCGUCCAAGUACAAAAAGUCCUUCCCUCCCAUCUACAAGGUCGCCAACAAACAGCGCCAGCGCGCGUGCAAAGCAAUGGUCGUCGUUGCCGUCGGCGCGUCCGCGCGACGAUCGAUCGGCCGCGACAUCUUGUCGCCGUCCGAACAAGAAGAGCGUGAGAGCGACGCGGCGCGACGCAACGCAGCGCCAGACCCACCCGUGACACCGCCGACCGACGCCUCUCACACAAUGCCAUCCGACGCACCGAGCGUUCUCUUCCCGCCCUCCAAAUCCCUUCCGACUUAACUGCUCAAACUCGAUGCUGCCGUCGUUUUCUGCUCGAGGUCGCAGCGCCAUCGUCGUCGGACAAUUUUCCAUCGACGAGGCUUGUCGACGACACGCUUUCCAGCACCUGCCGCACGACUUCGCUGCGUCCGCCUCGUCCACCUCGAUGGCUCGUUCCAGAAGACGCUGACCUCGUUGAACCCACUUCACCGAUUCUCGCGGCGCCAUCAUGCCCACCAGCGAUGUGUCAGAGCCGGACACGUGAUUAAAAAACUGGGAAAUCGACGGUCGUCCGUGUCGAGUUUACAGUAGCUGCCACCACGGGCGUGCACCGCGCUUACCCACGCCGCUUGCUGAGGCGCCACGAGUCGGGGGGGUUGAAUCGGUCGUGGAGAGGCUCGAUCUUUUGCGCUUUCUUCUGCUUUGUGAGUUUGGUCGGGUCGCCCUUCUUGAAAAACGCGGGCGCGAGUUCGACCAGCCACUUGGGCUCGAUCGCCAUGACGUUCCUCAUGUACUCUUUCGUCGUGAGCACGAGCUCUUGGUACACCACCCACUCGGGAUUCUUGUUGAAGAGUGCGGACGACGGGUGGAUGUAGACGGGCUGGCCUUCGACCAUCGUGCGAUACCCUUCCUGCGGAUCCUUCUUUGCCGUGUUGGCAAAGUACCCCGACACAAUAGCACGUCGAAUCUUGUUGUAGUUUUUCCCAGCGCUGACCACCUCCAUCUUGAAUCGAUCGAGGAUCGACAGGAGCUGCUUCCGGACGUCCUGCGCGCGGCGGAUGGCCCGCGCUUGGAUAAAGUUCUCGUAGCACCAUGGGUUGCUAAACUUGGCGUGCUUCCAUGCUUCGUACACGGCCAGGAGAGUCAAUUGGUCGCCUUCAGGCUGGUGAAACUUGGCUUUCUUCGAAUCGGCCGCCGCCUGCUUGUCUUUCGGCCGAAAGUAAAUGUUCUCGACGGACAGCAUGCUCAAGAUCGUCAGGAUCUCUUCUGCGCAGCCCAGGACGACGCUCGUCAAGAGCACUUUGCCCAUUUGAGGGUCCAUGGGAAACUCGGCCAUCUUCUUGCCGAGGCGCGUGAGCAGGCCUUCGUCGUCGAGCGCGCCGAGCGCGUACAAGUUUUCCAUGGCGCUGACCAAGGCCGGCACCGGUGGCGGGUCGAGAAAGUCGAAUCCCAUCAGGUCGUUGAUUCCCAUCGCUUUGAGCUGGAGCACGACCAUCCCCAAAUUGGACCUCUGAAUCUCCGGCACCGCAGUCGGAAGCAUUUCGUUCUUGUACGCGUUCUCUGUGUACAGGCGGUAGCACUUGCCCGGUCCCGUGCGGCCGGCACGGCCGGCGCGUUGGCGCGCCGACGCUUGCGAGCACGGUACCACGAUGAGCGAGUCCAUCCCGACCUUCGCAUUGAACGCUUUCUCUUUGCAAAACCCGGGGUCGACAACGUAGUAAACGCCGUCGAUCGUGAGCGACGCUUCAGCAAUGUUGGUCGCGACGACGCACUUGCGACUGCCCUUGGGCGCAGGUUCAAAGAUCCGCGUCUGCAUUUCCGACGGCAGCGCCCCGUAGACGGGCAAAAUAAUGAGUUCCGGGGCGAGGGCGCCAAGCGCCUUGAUGCGCUGGUACAAGACCUCGCACGCUGUGUCAAUUUCUUCCUGCCCCGUCAGGAACACGAGGAUGUCGCCUUCCGGCUCGCUCAGAUGAAUCUGCAUGACGGUGAUGAGGGCAGCGUCCAAGUAGUCGGCUUCCGGCUCCUUUGUGUACAGAAUCUCGACGGGAAACGUUCGCCCAGGAAUUGUAAAGAUCGGGCAGUCCAAAAAGUAACGCGAAAACUUCUCCGCGUCCAGGGUGGCACUGGUCACGACGAUCUUGAGCUCCGGCCGCGUUUUCAGGAGCGCCUUGAGCAAGCCAAACAAGAUGUCCGUGUUAAUCCCGCGCUCGUGCGCUUCGUCGAGGAUGAUGGCCGAGUACCGGCGCAAUUGGUUGUCGGCCAAGUACUCGCGCAUGAGCAUCCCUUCCGUCAUGUACUUGAUGACCGUGUCGGGCGACGUCACGUCAUCGAAUCGGACGGAAUACCCGACUUCUUGCCCCAACGCACAUCCAAACUCUUCUGCGACGCGCUUGGCGACGGACGAUGCAGCGACGCGCCGAGGCUGCGUGCACCCGAUGAUGCCGUGGGCCGUGAGCCCCAUCUCGGCCAUGUACUGCGUCAUCUGGGUCGUUUUGCCCGACCCGGUUUCCCCGAUCACAACGAGCACUUGGUUGUUUUGAAUCGCUUCCAUGAGUUGGCGCUUGAGCUUAAACACGGGAAGCGACUCGCGCUGCUCGAUCAUCGACUUGGACGAGACGUGGCCGUAGCUGAGCGACGCUUUCCCCUGUGUUUUUUCCUUCCAUUCGGGCAUGUCGAACGCCGCGCCGCCCAUGUGCAUGCCGCGCAGCUCGGCGGCAAAAUGGCGCUCCCCGGCUUCCGGCAUCGGAUCUUCCCAUGGCCGGUUCAAGUCUUUCGGAAUCGAAUCGAGCAACUGGUUUGCCUGCGUUUGACGCAUCUCGCGCCGCUCCUUCGCCAGCGUCGACUGCGUCAUGGCCGCGCGCGACAGGGACCCGUCCGGGUUCUUGACAAUCUUGACCGGGGACACCUCCAUGCUCGCUUUCGUCUGGCCACGUAGAAACAACGGCUCUUCCUCGUUCAAUUCGACCUCAAACUCCUCCUCUGUCUCUUCGAUGUCGAGCAUUCCCCCCUGCUCCUCGUCGAAGGUCGGGUACUCGGACAUCGGGAGCACGCCCGAGUUGAUCAACUGGCGGAUUUCCCACCGUUCGGGGGACGACAGUCGCUUCGCCGCGCGCGGCUUCUCGUUCUCGUACGCGUCUUGCGCGCUCUGUUGCAUGCCGGGCGCAGACGCAUUCACCCAAGCCUUGGUGUCGCGGGCGACAUCGCUGCCGCCGCUCCGCUGUGGAAGCAAGUCGCGACCGGUGGUCUGGUCCACGUCCUUCAUCGACAACAACAGCUUCGACCCUGCCUGGCUGAUAACUUUGACCCAUACGCGGUCGCCGCGCCGGACAAAGUCACGCACGUUCGACACACGCACCUUGUCGCUCAAGUUUUUCACAUGCACGAGGCCUUCAUGGCGGUCGCGGUGUUCCAGCUCGACGAAUACGCCGAAAUCCAUGAUCUUGACAACGCGGCCCCGGUAUAUGCCGUGCAUUUCGAUCGGACCGUUUGAGCUACUGCCACGGGGAGAUCGGGAUCGAGAGCGACGACGGCUGCUGCCGCCAUACUUGCGAUCCGGCGACCGACUGCGACUCCUUCGCGACGACGAGUAGUGGGAGCGCCGAGGUGGCGAGGCACGCCGACGAUCUCUCCUGUCGUCGUCGCGGGGACGACUGGACGAUGGAGGAGGAAGCGCUUGUGCUUUGUCUUCUGGGUGCAGCCCUGGAAUGUCGUCAAUAUCGAUCUCUUCGUCAUUGAUGGGCUUUGUGUUGGGUCGCGCAAGGCCUGGAAACGGGUUGUUCUUGUCUGGCAUGACACUCGUCUUGGCGACUUUCGGUUUCUUUGACAUCGUGUGGAUCACCUGAUAAAGAUGGAGGGCAAAUUUCUCGGGCACUUCUGCGUCUUGCUCUUUCAACGUAGCAUGAAACUUCUUGCCGUCCGCGGAUUCUCGGGCCAUGUUGAUGAUGAACUCGGCAAUCGUGCGAUCGCUCAUACCCAAGUGGCUCUCCAGCUCCGAGCACACCUUCGACACCAGACUCAACUCCUGUAGCUUCUCCAUGUCGGCUGCGAUGCCGCGGCGAGUACAAUGGAAUGGCGCCGC